GCGGAGGAGCGCGGCCGCAGGUGUUCCACGGUCAUAAUUGACAAACGUCUGGCACCUGUUGGAGGUGAAGCUGCGGCUCUGAGACUCGAACUGCUCCAAAGACAUUUCUCUCCAUUACUUAGAAAGACCUGAUACCCAAGAUGAACGGCAGUGGACCAGCGUAUCCCCUCGCCUCUUUGUAUGUAGGGGACUUGCACCCUGAUGUUACAGAGGCGAUGCUCUACCAGAAAUUUUCUCCGGCUGGACCCAUCAUGUCCAUUCGUGUUUGCCGAGACAUCAUCACCCGCAGAUCUCUGGGAUAUUCCUAUAUAAACUUCCAGCAGCCAGCUGAUGCGGAGUGUGCCCUCGAUACAAUGAACUAUGACGUCAUCAAGGGUCGGCCAAUCCGGAUAAUGUGGUCUCAGCGUGACCCAGGACUCAGGAAGUCCGGUGUGGGCAACAUCUUUAUCAAGAACAUGGACGAGUCUAUUGACAACAAGGCACUGUAUGACACCUUCUCAGCCUUUGGCAAUAUUUUGUCGUGCAAGGUUGUUUGUGAUGAAAAUGGCUCAAAAGGCUACGGCUUUGUUCACUUUGAAACUCACGAGGCUGCACACAGGGCCAUUGACACCAUGAAUGGGAUGCUGCUGAAUGAUAGGAAAGUUCAAAAGAAAGGUAGUCUUCAGUUGGAAGCUGGCUUUGUGAUUCCAACGGUCAAUUUCCUGGGAGAAAAAAGUCAGUUGACUAGGUUUGUUGGCCACUUCAAGUCUCGUAAGGAAAGAGAGGUUGAGUUUGGCACCAAAGCUAUGAAGUUCACCAAUGUCUACAUCAAAAACUUUGGUGAAGACUACAGUGAGGAGAAACUCAAGGGAGUCUUCUCUGCAUUUGGGAGGACUCUGAGUGUGAGGGUGAUGAAGGACGAGAGGGGGCGUUCACGAGGAUUUGGUUUUGUUAACUUUGCAAACCACGAUGAUGCUCGGAAGGCAGUUGAUGAUAUGAAUGGAAAGGAGCUCAAUGGAAAGAACAUCUAUGUGGGGCGGGCUCAGAAGCGUCUGGAACGCCAGGGAGAGCUCAAGCGCAAGUUUGACCAGAUCAAGCAGGACCGCAUCCAGCGCUACCAGGGGGUGAAUCUGUAUGUGAAGAACCUGAAUGACACCAUAGAUGAUGAGAGACUGCGUAAGGAGUUUGCCCCUUACGGCACCAUCACCAGUGCCAAGGUGAUGACAGACGGUUCGCAGAGCAAGGGUUUCGGUUUCGUCUGUUUCUCUUCACCUGAGGAAGCAACCAAAGCUGUGACAGAAAUGAACGGGAGAAUUGUUGCAACCAAGCCGCUGUAUGUGGCUCUGGCUCAGCGGAGAGAGGAGCGCAAAGCAAUCCUUACCAACAAGUACAUGCAGAGACUCGCCACCCUGAGGACCAUGCCAAGUCCCAUCAUCGACUCAUACCACCAGACCGGAUACUACAUGACUGUACCACAGCUUCCUACUCGCUCCUUCUAUAACCACAACGUCGUCAGCAACAUGAGGCCGGUACCUCGCUGGACCGGACAACCACCAAGACCACAGGGCCCAUACUCAACCCAGUUUGUUGGUAAUUCGGUUCCCCGGCGUGGAUCGCCAACCAUUGCUACAGUCAGACAGGCUUCCACCCAGGCUCCACGUGUUGUCAGUUCUUCACAGAAGACAAAUAACAUUGGGACCCAGACUGGAGGAGGACGCACAGACACGGCUGGUGUGAUCAGAAACAACCAGUACAAGUAUUCGUCUGUUGUGAGGAGCCCUCAGCAGGUCAUCACUGUACCUGCUCCAAUGACAAGAAUCCAGGUGAUUCCUGCCCCAGUGAUGGAGCCACUGGUGCAUGUUCCAGGCCAUGAGCCACUCACCGCCUCCAUGCUGGCUGCAGCUCAACCAAUGGACCAGAAACAGCUCCUUGGUGAGCGAUUGUAUCCAAUGAUCCAUGCCCUUCACUCCAGCUUGGCUGGGAAGAUUACAGGGAUGCUACUGGAGAUCGACAACUCAGAGCUGCUGCACAUGCUGGAGUCGCCCGAGUCUUUGCACUCCAAGGUGGAUGAGGCGAUAGCAGUCCUUCAGGCUCACCAGGCAAAAGAAUGUUCUCCAAAGAAGUGAAGAGCCCGUACAGGUCAGCGACUUUUCAGCUGCAAGAGGUGUACAUUUUUUUCCCAGCAAGUUUUGUUUAUUUAUUUGAUGUAAUAAAAAAGGGUUAAACAUCAUGACUGACAGCUGAGACCAACUCACGAUUGGUUGAGCGUGUGUAUCAUCUCAGUUCUGCGGCUCCACACCACGAUCACUACUGCAAAAUGGCAGCACCCGUUCCUUGGAUAUGGUUUCAUCUUGAUCCAUUAUGCUUGUACUCAGGGGAGCAGUAUUAACAUGUACUGCCAUUGAUCUGUGGUGAAAUGUAUUUAAAAUGUAAUGCUCCCAACACUGGCGAAGACUUCAGCUGUACUUGUAAGGUUCAGUUUGAUAGUUCGGAGAAUCCCGCACCACUCUUAGUGUUGGACAUUAUUAUCUGAAAAGUCUUAACCAUGUCAUUUUUUCCAGAUUUCAACGACUCUGAGGAGGAAACAGAAUCAGUAUAAUUGUUAAAAAAAAGAAGAAAUUGUAAUAAGUCUAAAGAGCAAUUUGGUUGUUGCUAUAUCUUUUGUUGUAAGAUAAAGUUUACAGAAUA